AUGGACGGAACACGUGAGUCUGCACGAUGGUACUUUGCCUAUGGCUCGAACAUGUCGGCGACUGUCUUCAAGACGAACCGGAAGAUUCAGCCGUUGGAGACGGAGGUCGCAUGCAUCAAGAGCCAUACUCUUUGCUUCAAUAUCCCAGGCGUCCCUUAUACAGAGCCAGGCAUGGGAGGCAUUCGAGCGAUCAAAGAGGAUGAAAAGGAUGUAGGCUUUGGUCCGGUGUAUGGAGUCGCGUACUUGCUGAGCGACAACGAGUUUGGGCGAGUUAUUGCCAGUGAAGGGUCCGUGCACCAUACGCGACCUCUUCCACCACGCGUCUGCUCCUCCGAUCCCUAUAUCAAUACUGAUUCUUCAUCCAGUGGUGGUAUCGCCUAUAAAGUGACCAAGACUGUAGCGACCUUUGAGAAAGACAACACUACGGCCAUCGUUUACACACUAACCGGGCGUCACGACCUUGACGCUUCUUAUGACCGAUUACCUUCAUAUCGAUACAUGAGCCUCCUGAUACGUGGUGCUCAUGAGCUCUCCCUUCCCCCGUCUUACCAAGAAAAGCUCGUCGCGCAGCCCACAUUCAACCCCCCUCAAACCCUCCGAUACUCCCUCGGCAAGCGGUCCUUUGACGCACUUUGGAAGCGAGUACAAUACUGCAUAAUACGAGGUGUACGUCAAUUCAAGUCGGAUGAUGGACAUGUUCCUGGUUGGUUCCUCAAAGGAUUUGACUGCCUCAUGUGGACUAUGUGGCUGCAUCACGACUACGUGCAUAGCAAAAUAUGGGGACGAGGCGAUAGACGAUGA